AUGGCCGUCCCCACCAAGCCCUUUCCCCUGCGCCUCGCCGUGCCGCUCGCCCUCGCGCUCCUCCUUGCCCUCGCAUUCGUCGCUGACUUCCUCGUCUCCCCCACCACGACCCCCGCCGUCGCCACCUAUUCCAAGACGGUAACCAACUUCUCACCCGGAGUGCAGGUGAAGGGGAACAGUGCGAAGCGGGUGGGGAUCCUCAAUGCGACGUACGCGGACCUACCGGCGCCGCGGUGGGACUGGGAGGAGAUGCCCGCGGCGCCGGUGCCCCGCCUCGACGGGGCGUCCGUGCAGAUCGGGGACCUCCUCUACGUCGUCGCCGGGUACCAGAGCCUCGACCAUGUCCAUUCUCAUGUGGAUGUGUACAAUUUUACCUCUAACACAUGGACUGAAAAGUUCGAUAUGCCCAAGGAGAUGUCAAAUUCACAUUUAGGAAUGGUGUCUGAUGGGAGAUACAUCUAUGCAGUAGCUGGACAAUUUGGUCCACAGUGUCGGCCAGCAGUGAACCGUAACUUUGUUCUAGACACAAAUACGAGAGAGUGGGGCAAACUGCCCCCUUUACCUGUUCCUAGGUAUGCACCAGCUACUCAAAUUUGGCGCGGGCGGCUUCAUGUGAUGGGUGGUGGCAAAGAAGACCGCCAUGAACCUGGAUUGGAGCACUGGAGCCUUGCUGUGAAGGAUGGCAGAGCAUUGGAGACUGAGUGGCGAUCUGAAAUACCCAUACCGCGUGGUGGACCUCACAGGGCAUGUGUCGUUGCUAAUGACAAACUCUUUGUAAUUGGUGGUCAAGAGGGAGACUUCAUGCCUAAACCAGGGUCACCUAUUUUUAAAUGUGCAAGGAGGCAUGAGGUUGUGUAUGGUGAUGUGUAUAUGCUGGACAAUGGAGCUAAAUGGAGGCAACUGUCUCCAAUGCCAAAGCCAGAUUCCCACAUAGAGUUUGCAUGGGUCGUUGUUAAUAACUCGAUAAUAAUUGUCGGUGGAACUACCGAGAAGCACCCUCUCACCAAAAAGAUGAUUCUUGUUGGUGAAGUCUUCUUUUUUGAUUUAGAAACAUUGAAAUGGUCAGUCAUUGGUCGGAUGCCUUUCCGGAUCAAGACAGCCUUGGCUGGUUACUUUAAUGGGUGGCUCUAUUUCACUUCUGGGCAGCGGGAUAGGGGACCUGAUAAUCCAACUCCGAAGAAAGUUGUCGGUUCUAUGUGGAGAACGAAACUGCACGUCUGAUGUGCAAUGUUUUAACAGAGAUUUAUGUACA